GUACCUCGGAAUCGUUCUACAUCGAUGAUCAACACGAAAGACAGGAAAACAUGACACAGGGGCAGGAAGCUGUCGAGCCUGGAAAGUUUCGACAGUUUUUCAUAGCUGUUAUCACGAACAUUUCGACGUUGUCGUACGGAAUGACGAUAGGUUGGCAAUCGCCGGUGAUGCCGCAGCUACAAAGCGAAAAUCCACCAGUGGGCACAGAACCAAUGACGGACGAGACAGCGUCCUGGUUGACCGCGAUCAUGUGCUUGACGGCCGCUUUCGUUACGCUGACGGUCGGCACGAUAACGGAGAGGUUCGGACGUAAAGUGACAGGAUGCCUGGCGGCGUUACCGGUCUGCGUAUCCUGGCUGUUGACGAUCUUCGCGACAAAACACGCGCAUCUGUUGGUGGCCCGUUUCUUCUCGGGUGUAGGAAGCGCGAUGACGCUGUACGUUGUGCCGCUCUACGUGUCCGAGAUCUCGUGCGAUCGGAUACGGGGCAUGCUGGGCAGCUUGUUGGUGUUUAUCCUGAACGGCGGUAUUCUGCUGAGCUACAUAAUCGGUGCGGUCCUGUCGUUCCGUGUGUUCGCGAUCGUCAUGCUGGCGGUGCCGUUCCUGUAUUUGACGGUCUUUUCAUUCGUCCCGGAAUCGCCGGUGUAUCUGAUGCGACGGAAUCGACCUCUCGAGGCGGCGAGAUCGUUGAGAUGGUUAAAGGCGGGCCACGAGCCGACCGUGAGACGGGAAAUGCUGCGUCUGCGGGCCGAGGCGAAAGAACUGUACGUUUCUGGGAAACGUAUAAAACCAUCAGAUUUGAUAAGAGACAGAGCAACCGUCAGGGGACUGAUCAUCACGCUGGGGCUGUUCGGUGGUCAACAACUCUGCGGUAUAUUCGCUAUGGUGAGCUACACGGAAACGAUAUUCAGGAUAUCCGGGAGCUCGUUGACGCCCAACACCUCGGCGAUCAUCGUCGGCGCCAUACAAGUGUUCGGUUCGUACCUGUCCACAUCAUUGAUGGAAAGGCUCGGCAGAAGACCGUUGCUUUUGAUAUCGUGUUUGGGCAUGUGCACGAGUCACUACGUGCUCGGUGGUUUCUGUUACCUACAAACGCUUCGGUACGACGUCACCAUUUUCAAUUGGAUCCCCGUGGUGGCGCUAUCCGUCUACGUGAUCGCCUUCAACUUGGGCAUGGGCCCGGGCCCCUACGUGAUCUCCUCGGAGAUACUCAGCCGUGACAUCUCCAGUUCGAUCAUAACCAUGGGACUGUUCUCCGUCUGGAUCACGGCGUUUCUCGUGGUGAAAUUCUUCCCGAGCCUGGUCGGCCUUCUAGGGAUGCACGGAUGCUUCCUACUGUUGGGCACCCUUUGCAUGGCCACAUUCGGCUUUGUUUUCGCGCUGAUCCCAGAAACAAAGGGUCAGCCGCUUCAGACGAUCCUGAAUCGACUGAACGGCGUGUCUCGCGAGUUAGACAUCGUCGAGAAAAACAUGCCGCCGCCUGAACAAAUUUAAAUUCUUAAUUGAACUUUCUGAUUCUGAGGAAUUGUCGCGCGUUUCCAUUAAUAUCGAGAACCUUCACGAACAUCGGUUGAUAAUUUUUUCAACGGUUGAUUUCGAGCGAGUCUUUGUUCAAAGAAGACUGCGGUUUCGUUCUUUUAGGGAAGUUGUAUAUACGGUAGGAACAUGCACACGAACAUAUUUAUUGUAUAUAUUUAAUCGUACGUAAUAGACGACCUAGUUAACGUGUUUACUGAUCUCUUGUAAAAUUGAUUUCGCAAGGAAAUUAAUUUUUGUAAACAUAUAUCGAUACCGUAAUUAAACGGAACCCGAUCGAACAGUAAAUAAAACUCGGUAUGCUAUUUAAUGAAGUAGCAAAUAAACCGGAAAAGUGUUAUCGUUCCGAUAAAAAGAUUUCGAGUAUUAUCUCGAGU